AACCCCAGAUUUUUACUUUGGUGACCGGAAGUUUACUGUAUAUCCCAGCGGUAGUUUCCGCCGACAGUGUUUCGAAAUUUGUAUUCAGUCUCCUUGACUUCUUAUCUUUACCUCACCACGUUACCCAAGGUUGCAUGGUUGAAGAUGUUGAUGUUGAUGUUGAAGUAUGUGUGGACACUGACUUCGACUUGGCGGAUACAGAAGUUAAAUGGACUCCAGAAGAGGAGGAUAACCUGAAAAUCCUUGUGAAGAAUUUUGGAGAACGUAAUUGGAAAACCAUCGCCAGUUUAUUACCAGGGAAGACAGAAGCACAGUGUAUCAACCGCUGGAAAAAUAGCGACAAUAAUGAACCGGUCAAAGGCGGCUGGUCCAAAGAGGAAGACCAAAAGAUCACAGAAUUGGUGAGCAAGUUUGGCACCACAAACUGGGCUUUGAUUUCCCAGCAAAUGAAGGGUCGUCUGGGGAAACAGUGUCGUGAACGUUGGAUCAACCACUUGAACCCGCUCUUGACAAAGGCCUCCUGGACCCACGAGGAGGAUCUCAUCAUUUACAAAGCUCACUGCGUCUUGGGGAACCGCUGGACUGAGAUUGCCAAGCUUCUUGCUGGAAGGACAGACAAUGCUGUGAAGAACCGAUGGAACUCUUUUCUGAAACGCAAAGCCGAGUCGGGUCUCCUCAAAGAUGACGCCGUCUGUGUUGAUAUUCAGCACUUUGUGGAAGGACGGAUUUACAGAUCUCAUGUAUGGCAGGUGGACUUCAAGUGUGAUGUUGUAUUAGACACGUCGGCAUUAACUCCAGAAAUGGUCAAAUCCAAGAAGCCCGAAGUCAUGCGGAAGAAGGCCGCCCCCCCUGUGCAGAAAAUAUCGAAUGAGAAGUUGCCUCCACCUAAUGGCGCCACCUCCAGUAGCAUUAAUGAACCUGCAGCAGCAGCAGCAGCAGAAACAGUGGACCAGAAAAAGGUUGUGGAUGCAGCAUUGAGGAUGAUUGCUGAGGACAUGCUACCGCUCAGUUUUGUUGAAGGAGCAGGUUUCCGCUCCUUCAUGAGCGCCAUCAGUCCCGAAUACAACAAGCUGUCCCAGCGUGCCGUCGGCUCGCAGCUUUACGACGACGUCGAGAGAACCAUCAAACCUCAGCUCAUCCGCGAUCUUAAAGCCUGCCUGUCCAAAUCCAAAGACGGCGCCAUCCACGUGACCUGUGACCUAUGGGCUGGUGCACAUUCCAACCCGGUGGAGGUGCCGGUCGUCAUGGUGGUGCAACUCCACUUCAUCAGCGAUUCGUGGCAAAUCCGCCGGCCCGUCGUAGCCUUUCGUCACGUGCGCCACAAAGACCUCAGAAAUGGCGUGGCCCAGCAACUGGAAGGUGUGCUGCUCAGCUACGGCGUCUUCCCGUGUAACAUCGGCUACGUCCUCGUCAACCACGCCAAAGAGGCGCUGGCUUCCAACAGCCUGUUCUGCGACUACAAGAUCAUGUGCUCGUCUAACAGGGGCGAGCCAGAUGCAGAGGACAUGGUGGCCUUUCUGUCAGACCACAUGUCUGAAUCGGAGUUGCUGUUUUCAGACGUCAACAUCGGCACCAGGAUGAACUGUGUAGCCAAAACUCUGCAGCUAGUCAUCAGCGAGGCGCUGAAGAACUCCAGGGUGAUCGAGAACCUGCUGUCACAUGUUCACAAUGUAGUUGCUUUCUUCCGGAGUAGCAACUACUGGAGUGAGGUUUUAUCAAAGGAGCACAGCGUGUCUCUGUGUCCGCCAUCCAACUACUGUCGCUGGAACUCCAUGAUGGUGUCUUUACGCCGCAUGGUGCAGGAGUCGACCUGGAACGCCGUCAUGACUGUCCUGGCGCAGGCGCGUAGCGAGGCCAGUGACACGGCCAGCGCCCCACCUUUGAUCAUGGUCAAGAGGGAGCAAGUUCUCGACAUCCUGGGUCUCUUGGAACCCUUUCAAGAUGCCCUGCAGGCCUUGUUUGGAAACAUGGUGACCAUCUCAUCCAUCAUACCUUCUCUAAUAAGCCUUGAUAAGACUCUGGAGGGAUGUACCACCAGCUACACUCACUUCAAAAAGUCCCUUCGUACUGGUCUCUGUACUUACUUCCAGUCCAUGAUGGAGCAGAAGGACCUGAUUGUGGCCACCGUGCUUGACCCCAAAAGCAAACUGAAGACGUUCUGCGAUAAGAUUGAAGAACGGACAUGUUUCCUAACACUUCCAACAAAAUCUGAGGCUCGCUCUAGUGUGGAAGCUGCUCUGGGGGGCCAAGAACCUUCAACUCACCCACCUGUGGAAGCAGGAGACCACCAGGAGAGGGCGCUGCUGCAGGAAACACAAACCACAAAGAUAGACCGAGCGACAAAGAUCUCUGCCAGCAGCUCAGAAGACCACAACGCUGUCAAUCACGUCGGCUUCAAGCGCAAGUCGCUCGAUAACAUCCCACACCAGCCCCCAUCAAAGACCUUCAUGUCAGAACUGGACGCUUACCUGUCAGAACCGCUGUGGACUAACAGCUCCUCUAGUGUACUGUUCUGGAAAUCUGCCUCUCGCUUCCCGCAACUGCAAGGCGUCGCUAAGAGGCUCUUGGCUGUGCCGGCCACCUCCGGGGGCUUCGAUAGGCUCUGCCCGAUGGCGGCGUGCAUUGUCCGAGCCAAACGGAACCGUAUGCCGCCUCACACCACAGAGAGACUACUUUUAUAUAAGAACUCUUUGAAGUCAAAGACUGUUAAAAGGCCCAGUGGAGUCAACAAACAGAGACUGACCAAGUGAUGGGAUGAUGAUGAUGUCCUACAAAGCAGUACAGCAUACAACCACCAAUAUUAGUGUGUUGACCCCGACUACCACAAUUACAGUCCACAAUGUAAAAAAACAAACAGCUUUUAUAAAGUAAUUGUUGAGAUUUGCUUGCAAUUUCACUAUUUAUAUUGCAGCUACAGUAAAUUGGAUCACAUUGGAGUUACUUUAAUAGUGAUAACGUGAACCUUAUUGGCUUUGUUUGAAAGCCUUCUGUCAUCUAAUUCAUACUCUGGUAGCUUUGUGGUAAUACCCAGAUACAGUCCAUUGUUCCUAUUUAAGAAAUGAUGGAGUAACUACAUCAUUGACUUGUUCUGUUCUACUGUGUCAACAAAGACUUCAUGUUACAGUACUUGUAAUAAAGUUAUUUUACUUGCACUUCAUUUGGAUAUACAUAAUAUAAAAGUACAAUU